AUGAGGGCAGCAACGGCCUCGAUCCUGGCCCUACUAGCUGUCUUCACGAGGACAGGGUCCGCUAGCUGCGUCGAGAGCCAAGGCAUCGCCACCGGCGGCGGUGAAGGCCUCCUCGACUUGUCGGUCCUACUAAACGCAUCCGCACCCGGCAUUGUUCCAGCUAUCAAAGAAUGCUCGGGCGAGCUGGAAACACCCAUCGGGAUGAGGCUCUUCACUGCCCUCGACGCGGCCCAGUUCUCGCUGGGGAGCAUGUUCGAGUCCAACGGGGUGGCACUUGACAUAUUCGGCGACAAGGAGACGUCCGACGCCCGCCGCCGCUGCCAGCCAGCCGACGGAGAUGAGGACGGCGCGGUGCUUUUCAACAUGCACCUAGGCGUGGCCGGAUUAUACAUGGCCGCGUACGUCGGCUCCGAGCACAUGCCGUGGUGCACCGAUACUGUCUCCGCCCUGAUGGAAGCGUACGGAGCCCCCCUCUCCAUGCUGGAUGUUGCUGACGCCAGCACAGACACGCCGUGGGGACUGGCCAAGGCCUACGUCGACGAGGUCAUGUCCUUCCUCAUGGAAAACGAUGGCUGGAACGCGGACGGGGGCCUCGGUGGAAAGGAGUUCAACCGCAUCCCGUUCACGGGAGACUUCUCCUAUACGGACUCUGGAGGCAACGAGUGGAACGGAUACACACCCAAGAACACGCCCUACAAGUUUGCGCGCACCAAGAAGUGGCAGCCGUUGCUGGAGUCGGACGGCCUUGGCUACAUCACUGCCCAAGAACACGUGACCCCUCACAUUGGCGUAACGGCUCGGUUCUUUGGGUUCGACACAGCCGAGAAUGAGGAGGCAUGGGGUUCGCGCAAGCUCGACGCGCCGCCUUACAGGAACAGGCAUGACGAGAUUGCCAGGGAGGUUCUUGAGGCGUCAAAGCUAGCUGCAGAUGACCCAGCGAAGCAGUUCGCCAUAUCCUUCUUCGACAACAAGGCUACCUCUUUGCUCCCACUCAUGACUGAUUACUUCGCCCAGCGACGUGACACCCUGUCGAGACUCGAGUUCUUCAAGGUCAAUCUCAAGCUUCAGCUGGGAAUCUAUAACGGAGUUGUGCUUUCAUGGCGGGAGAAGAUCCGCCACGACGCUCCGCGCCCCCCUUCAGUGGUCAGGAACGAGAUCGGAGACGAGAUUGUCGAGGCUUACGCGGGUCCCGACAGCGGUGUUCAGAACAUGACGGCCUCUGAAUGGGUGGACCGGUCCGUGCGGAUAUUCCAAGGUACCGACACUGAGCGGAAACAGGAACGAUUUCAUAUGCAACAAGAGUACCACAAAAAGACCGGGAGGGUGUGGGCUGGCACAGACACCAUCAACCCUCCGCUGGAACAACCCGAAGAAGAUCCGCUCGUGUCGUUCGCGAGCUGGAGCGAGAUUUCGGAAAUGUGCGGCGACUCCCGGGUGUGGGGUGGCCUGCACUUUGAGGAAUCUGUGCCGGCCGGGGUGGAGCUUUGUGGCGGCGACGAAAUGGCCAUAUCUAUUGCCGCUUCGAUCGACGGGCUGACCGCCGGUGACGAGUCUGUCGCCGUGUUCAAACGUGAUAUUGGCGAACUCAUGCUUCGGCCCCUGUAA